UUGGCCUCAGUUGCCAAAGUUCUUUUGCGCCGUGCGAUCGACGAUCUCUCUCGUGCGGAUACUUCUGAAAAUGGUCCACAUUUUCUAACUACCAAAUUCGAAAACGUUUGAAAAACAGGCGCUGCAAUAUGUGUGCAAAUUUGCUUUGGUUGGGCCUGAUUGCCUUUGCGGUUUUGGCAAAAAGUGGCGACUCCUUGGCGACCAAACGCUACUUCGGAGUGGGCGAACGGGUGAAUGGGGACCAGCUCCUGGUCAAGGAUGUGCUCCAUUCCCGUCCAGCCAGCGGCGGCGAGCUGCCCGGAAUGACUUUCACCUACGAGGUUCUGGAGCCAAUCACCUGCAUCGAAAUUCUAUCGGACGAAAACAUUUCGGCGGAGGUGAAAUUCAGCUUGGUGAAUCGCCUCAUCGUGGGCAUAAUCCAAUUGGCUGCCACCAAUCAAAGCGUUGACCCUGCCACUCCCGAGGAAGCCACUAUUCCACCAACCACCGAAUUCGAUGUGACCAUCAUGGUGUUUGGCCUAAAUGAUACCUCUUCGCAUUUUGAUCCCGCUCUUUUCAUCCAUCGCGAUCAGCAGUUUCAGGGCGAGAUGGAGCCCUACGAGGAAAUCUUCCCAGAACCGGAUCAAUUCGUCGAGGUAUUUGACAACAACAGACGAGAUGCUCUGGAGAUCGACGAGGAAUAUGACAAUCUGUCCGAGGAGGACAUCGAGAGCUUCACGGAAGGUCCUUUCGUAACUGAUUACUUCGAUAGGCCAGACAAGUACAUUGAAGUUGGCAAGAGGCAGGCGGGAGAUGAACUUCUUUACAAUUGCUAUCAGACAUCGCCGGAUGAUUCGGAAACGCCAACCAACCACUCGGUGGUUUUCUACUACAUCGACAAUAAUUCAAUAACAUACGUAAGGUUUUCUAUACUGGAUCACUAUGCCAAUAGAAAUAUCUCAGACGCCGAUUACAAAGCGCCCCAGGCGGAGUACAGUCACUAUACGAGUGGCACCCUGAAGGCGGUGAUUACGGAUUUCGAUUCAAAAAGCCUCUUCGUCCAGAUGUACGUCUACGGAUAUCGAGGCCGUACGGCGCCUGAGAGCUAUGAGCCUUUCCUGCCGCCGCCACUGUGGCAAAAGGCAAUCCUGGAGUCCCGGACCAAGAGCAAUGCCACUCCGCAUCUGACGCCGCUGCAGACGCUGCAGUUGCUGCUGCUGACCGGCCAGAGGACAACUCCGCCGCCGGAAGCCUACAACGGCAGCGUGGAGGCGAAGGAGGAGCAGCGAAGCAUUCGGCCGGAGGAGAUGAUGUUCGAGCGGAUCAAGGAUGAGAGUGAGAGUGAGAAGAAUUCGGCACUGCGCCAGAUGAACCAGAGCAUGGGAAUGAGCGCACUGCUAGGUCUGCUCUUCCUGAUCCUGCACAACUAGGUAGCCGAGCCGGGGGGAAUCAUUAGUUAAUCCAUGGAAAGCUUUAUGAGUAGUCUUUAGUCCAACAUUCUGUCUAUUGUAUUUUACGAAAUAAACUUUUUGCCUAAGCCAAGGCACACACACA